AGAAAAAAAAGAAAAGAAAGAGAACCCGCGUAGUUUCACUUUCACAUUUUGCGCUCAAAAACCAAAACACCCCAAACCCAAAAUUCCAUGUUGGGGUUUUCGAUUUGGUUUCACGGCCAAGGCAUUACGAAUCUGACUAUUACGAAGAACUGAGCUACUAAUUUAUCCCUUUUAUGUACAACAAAUCCCUAAUUUUUUUUAGGGUUUGGUUUUGGUGAUGGCAAAGCGAAACUGCGUCGUCAUUCUGUCAUCGGAAGACGAAGAAGAAGACGGUUUCAUCGUUCGUUCGUUGAGUUCGAGUCACAGCUAUAAUACGAAGACGAAGUCGAAGUCGAAGUCCACGUCAGCAUCCUCACGUGGAAGGAAGAGGGCACGUGCUUCGGCUUCUCGCUCUCACCUCUCCAAACUGCACGAGAUAGACUUAUUUGGAGAUGACUUCAAUGAAGUGUUUACUGGGUCAAAGGUAUCCGCUGGUACUCACAGGCACUAUGCAGAGGAUCUAUGGAUUGAUAAAUACAAGCCUUGUUCACUGGAAGAGCUUGCUGUUCACAAGAAAAAGGUUGAAGAAGUUAAGACAUGGUUUGAGGAGAGGUUGAAACCUUCAAAGGGUGCCUACUGUAACAAUGUUCUUGUCAUCAGUGGGCAGGCAGGAGUCGGAAAAUCUGCGGCUAUUCAUGUAAUUGCGUCUCAUCUAGGAGCAGUGGUUUGUGGGUGGAACACACCUACACCUGUAAUUUGGCAAGAACAUCUUUAUAAUUCUGGCACAGGGACAAAAUACACAUCCAAGUUAGAUGAAUUUGAAAGUUUUGUUGAUAGAGUACGGAAAUAUGGAUUAUUGCUAACUUCCCAUACUGGGGAGUCAAAGCCUUCCGUCAUACUUUUAAUAGAUGAUCUUCCCUUGACUAAUGGGAAAUCUGCUUUUAGAAGACUUAAAGAUUGCUUGCACGUUUUGGUGAAUUCAACUCAGAUACCCACAGCAAUAUUGUUCACGGACUAUGGAAAUGCUGAUUCAGCAGAUUAUAAUGCUCGUUGUCUGGAAGAACUGAAGCUAUCUCUAGAGAGUUCUGGGGCUUGUAAGGUUGCAUUCAAUCCAAUUACAUUGAAUACUAUGAAGAAGAUACUUUUUAGAAUAUGCCAAAUGGAGCAUUGUGAUGUGACUGCUGAGUAUGUUGAUCUAAUUGCAAAAACUAGUGGAGGUGACAUCCGGCAUGCAAUUACUUCUUUACAGUUUUUCUGCUUGAAACCAUCUACCUGCUAUCGUGGAGCAUUAAAAGAGGAAAGUGAUAAACCUGUUAGAUCAGAUGAUGGAUAUUCCUUGCACUUUGGCAGAGAUGAGACAUUAUCUUUAUUUCAUGCUUUGGGUAAAUUUUUGCACAAUAAAAGGGAGAGUGGAGUUUCAACAGAAUAUGAUCAAGAUGGAUUUCUAAUGCAAGAAAGACUUUCAAGAUUACCAUUAAAAAUGGAUGUCCCUGAGAAGAUUCUUUAUCAAGCCCAUGUUCAACCUGGUCCAGUUGCUGAUUUUCUGCAUGAAAAUGUUCUGGAUUUUUUGAAUGACGAAGCAAUAGAUGAUGCAUGGACUUUGUCUUCGUAUCUGGGUGAUGCUGACAUUCUUCUUACUAAACUUCGGGGAAUGCUAAGUACUUAUAAUGAGGCAGAGAGUGUUUUACGGUCAGCUGCUGCAUCCAUAGCUGUUCGUGGGGUGUUAUUUGGAAAUUCUCAUCCACUAUCCUCCAGGUGGCAUGCAAUUCGGCGACCAAAGCUCUGGCAAGUUGAGAAAGCAUCAUUAUACAAGAAUGAGGUGGAUAGGCUCAGAAUCCCUGCCUGUAGACGGUUUAGUUCUUAUCAUAUGUCAAUUAUGACCACUGAGUACAUGCCCAUGCUUAAAUUGCUUGGAAAUGGAGCAUGGGGUGGACAUCAUGAACCAAGUCCGGAAUCAUUACUGAACUUGGAAAUGGAAGAUUUUGAUUUUGACAAAAUGGAUUUAGAUGGACAAUCUAGGGAGAUUUCUGAUGAUGACAUAGAAGAUUGGUAGGGUAUCCAAUGUGUAAAUAUGCGGUGGUUCAGUUUGCAGAUCUUCCUUUAAUGCAUAUAUUUUGUGUUGAACACUUAUCUUCCCCUCUUAUCGCUGUUAUUCAUCGAGGCUGAAGCAUUACAUAGGAAACCUUUAGUUUUUGUUAGCUCUACUUUCAAACCUUGAUGAGAUGAUGGGUUUUUGGAAACAAGUGCUUAGUGAGAGAGGAUGUGCCACUGUAAAUAUCUCUGUUACUUAAACAUAUUUUUAUGUUAAAGUAAAACAAACUUAAUAUACACACGUGAAGCACGGACAUUGUUCA